AUCGUUGAGUAUGGAGAAUUGCCUCGGGACCUUCCUCUUCAAAUGUUGACCACCUAUCCACAAGGAGCCGGAUUCCCGUUCUUCACCUGGGCACAACUUUUCUUCACCACAGCUGAUCAGGAAAUUGUUGGAUGGUUUAAAGGAAGUGGUGAUGUCGGCAAACCUUCUAUUUAUUCUCAACAAGAUAUUUCAAAAAUGAUGAAACCUCUCCCAUAUGUCACACUAAGCAAA